AUGGACAUCCCAACUCUGCCCAGCAAGGUCCCAGGCUACGAUUUGUACAUUGAUGGAUUUCAAGCCUUGCGUCGCCCGAAGAUCCUCCAGAACUCCAACAUCACUCACGUUGUUUCAGUAUUAGACUGGAAGUUUCAAAAAGACUGGGCCUCUCUUCGCGGUUUCCAACACCUGCACAUCCCUCUGGACGAUGUCUACGACUCGAACAUUCUGUCCUAUUUCCCACGGAGCAAUGCCUUUAUUCACGAAGGUUUAAAGCAUUCGAGAUCCAAUCAACUCGAAACCUCUGGCACCUCCCUCAAAGAUGGCUCCAACGACCCAAUCCCGGGCGGAGUCCUUGUGCACUGGUAG